AUGAAAUCAGUUAACCCAAUUUACACGAGUGAGUUUGUCAAGUCAUUCGAAAGUUCUCAUCAAAAACAUUUUGAGGAGCUUGAGACAUCGUUCAGAAACACACAACGAUUUUUGAAAAUGUACCAAGAUUGCGCGACACAAUGCAGAAGAUUGAUAAGUCGCAUGCAACCCACUACUGAAACACAGAAGGUAUUGUCUCAGUUGACGCUCAUUGAAAACCUGGUGAGGAAGGAGAAGGCUCACAAUGUCCAAUUCGACACGAACAACAACGAAAUCCAAGAAAAGGAAAAGCCACACAAUGACCAUAUUAAGAUCAUCAAGCCAACCCAACAAGAACUCGAGAAGAUUGCAAAGUCCACUUCAAUGCCAUUGCUUCACUUCUCUAUCCAGUCCAAAAUGGAGAACGACAAAAAGGCCCACCCAAAACUCAUUGCUUCAGAAUUUGUUGGGCAGUUCAACCAAAUGACGCGCUACACUUCUGGUUGUGCAAUUCUUCAGAAGAUACUUUCAAACCCCUCACAAGAAAUUGUUCAGAUGAUCUUCGACGAGGUCGAAAGCGACUUGGACAGCCUGAUCAUUCACCCUAACGGGCAGCACAUUCUCCCACAAAUGGCGGAGUUUGGAAGCGAAGAAGUACAAGACGCAAUUUACAACACGAUGGCAAAAGAUUUGGUGAAGUACUGUUGUCACCAAUUUGGGGGCUACACCGCCCAAAAGGUAGCACCUUAUAUGAAGAAACGCCACAUUGCCAUGUGGGCGCCCACGUUAAGAAACAACAUGGCACUACUUGCGAUUGACCCUCACGGCAAUUACGUUAUCCAGACAUUGCUGAAAAUUUUCAGCGAUAAUGAUGUUGAUUUUUUCUACAACGGGAUGCAGAACUGUGUGACUAAAAUUGCCAAGACGAAAGUGGGGUGCUCUGUACUCACACACGCGAUGGAGUCGUCUUCACAAAGCCAGAUUGACAAAAUCAAACCAAAACUAAUCGAAGACUGCUGCGACUUGAUACAGGACCAGUUUGGAAACUUUGUCAUCCAGCGUCUAAUCGAUUGUGACGCGUCUGUUGUUCCAGCGAUUACUCGAUACAUAGCUGAGGACGCGGUGUUUUAUUCCAAACAGAAGUUCAGCUCAAAUGUCGUGGAAAAGUGUUUGAAAUGUGGGGGUGAAGAAGAGGUCUCAAUUCUCAUUGAUGCGCUGCUCAACACAGAGUCAGUUUCAGUGCUCAUUGAAGAUCAGUUUGGGAACUUUGUGAUUCAGGCAUUACUCGAUGUUGUCCCGGAAUCCAAGAGAGUCGAGACUGCGCAAAGAUUGAUGCCGUUUGUCCCUGCCAAUAGCCGAUUUACAUACCAUAUCGAGAAAAAACUUUUGCAACUUUAUUAA